AUGGCCUCAUAUGCAUCUCCAACAUCAAAUAAUUUUUUAAAACAUGUUGAAUGGAUGUGGAAAGCGAAUCCCGAUCCAUUUUCACCAUCCGAUACAGUCAUAUGGAAUCAUUAUUCAGAUUUAGAAAAUUUAAUCAUCGAAGAGGCAUUUCAAGACAAACAACCACGAGCUCUAUUGGAUGAUUAUUAUAUUGAUUUUGAAAGUAAUCUGCAAAUAUCGAACAUUGAUGACUACAAGCAAAGACCAAUAAAACGAGUAGAGCGUGAGAGACAAGAUAAACAUUUACGAGAAGCGCGUUUUAUAGACCUUCCGGUUAGUGUAGGACGUUCUUUUGGUGGUCAAUAUGGUUGGGUAUCUCCAUUUGUCAUCGAAGUCAGAAGAGACCUGAAACUUGAACCAAAUGAUUUACCUUCAAAAAAGCCAAACAUGAUUCCAAUGCUUAUUGAAAAAGCAGCUCAUGGUAUUAUUGAAGAAGGAAAACAUAUUGGAAAACAACGAGAAGCCGAAAAAUUAGCUAAAAUGCUCAGAGAAAAGAAGGACGCGGGAAUGGAGGAAGUAUGGAAACGUUGUGCUUAUCUUUACACAUUGGGAAGUUUUCUGUAUAAAACAUUGAAUGCAGCGAUGAGAUUAGUAGGAGACAAAGAACAUGAACAAGUAUGGCGAAGUAAAGUCCGUACAUUAGGUCCAUUUUGUUUAUUACUCUGGGAUGAUCCAUUUAAUCAAAAAUUGACAAUCAAAAAGACACUUUAUCGAGGAGCCGAAUUGACGAAGGAACAGAUCGCUGUUUAUGAAGAAAUGGCCAAAGAUGACGAGGCAUUUGGAUCAUUUCAAGCCUAUACGUCUUGUAGUCGAAGUAUUGAUGUAGCCAAACUUUUUAGUGGGAACGUCCUAUUCAUUAUGGAAGUAGUGUAUGCUUUUAUUGCCGAUCUUAGUCCAUUAUCUGCGUAUUCCGACGAAGAAGAAGAACUUAUUACACCAGGUGUUUGUUUUCGGGUUAAAAGCGUUGAAUUCAAUCACAAGACAAACAAACAUUUGAUCCGCUUGCUACUACAACAACGAUUUUCAAGUGAGAAAGAAAAAUUUUUUUGUAAUCACUUUUAUAAUAUGAGAAUACCAUUUCAUAAAAUUCUAUUUCCCUUCCAUAUGUCACAUAAAGAUUACAGUAUUUGCCAAAAUUAAAAUCUCGUCAUAUAAAUACGUUUAAGUUCCAUAUACAUAUUGUCCUAAUUAAGAAAUAAUAGAUUAACGAGUGGCACAAAAUUUAGUGCACAAAUGUUACUUCAUAUUUUAUCAAUAAAAACAUGCGUGAACAACCUUGAAAGCAUAUGUAAAGAAUUGAGCGGGUCGCCCAUUAAAAGAAUGACUCUCUAAGUAUUUUUCACAUAUCUCUUCCACUUCUUAAUGAUUGGGCACAUCUUUUUCUCAAAGCAUAGUCCGUAAAAUUCUCUACAAAACCGCAUAACAGUAUCUCUUCAAUCGGAUAAAUGUAAAACUAUAUCUGAUUAGUAAUACUAAACUCUCAUCAGACUCAUUUUCAAGCUUUCAUUCUUGCUGUUUCAAUUUUGAAUUGCUGUUUGUUUAUGAAUAAAAAAUGUUAAGAGGGCGUCCAUGAGACCAUCGAGGAAUUUUUAAAGGACCCAUACUCCCGAAAAUUUUGACCCCCUCAUUUUAUUUAUGGAAUUGAUAGCCCAUGAGGUGAAACUACUAUACCCAAAAUAUUAGCUUGAUUGAUCAUAUUACAAAAAAAGUUAUGAGGACCAUACUGAUGACUAAACACUGAUUAAAUCAGAAUUGAUACUACGUAGUCAUCAAGCAAAAAUCAGUAUUUUGAGAAAUUAUCUCUCAAGGUUAGUUGAUCCCAGAAAUUUGGAUCGUGCAUCGAAUGGGACAAUAAAAAUGCUAGAAAACCAGCCUAAAACAAAAAGUUUUUAAUCCGUAAAAAAAAAAUUUUUUUUUGGGAGUAUGGGGUUUCUCGAUCCUGUGGUGGACUCUCUCUUAAGUACACCAUUUUAUAAUCCACGAAAAUUUCUAUCGGCUGAGCGAGUAUUUUCUUUUGCCAUACUAUGCACCUUCCCAAGUAAAACAUCUUAUAAUUCCUACUUUAUUCACGUUUUAAGGAUUCUCAAUACAGGUUCUCUAAAAAUUUUAUUUAGUUAAACCGAAUUUUUCAUUAACACGGCUUCAAAUUUAUUACUAUCUUGAAGAAAAAUAUUUUUUUUUUGUACAAUAUAGAUCAGAGAGAACUUUUGCAAAAGCUUUCUUCUACGAUGAGUAGUGCAAGUAAGAAGAGCAAUCAACAGCUUCAAUCUGUAUUUUCGAAAAUAUUGACCACAAGGAACGUCACAAAACUACCUGAAGACUAUUUUACUAAAUCCUAUUAGAAACAGUACACUUAAAACCAUAGGAAGCCUGGUUUGCAAUAAUCUGAAAUCUAUUUAGUCAGAGGAGAAAUAAUGAAUUUUUAAAAAAGCUACUUUGAGAACGAGCCUUUUUAAAAUAUAGUACAAAAGAUCAGAUCUAGUUUUCCAGUUACACUUUUGAAGAGAUUCUUCUAUGAAAUUUUGUAGAGAAUUUUACAAGUUAUCGUUUGAAAAAAGUGCUAGCGGAACGAUCAGAGAUUGAAAGAAGUUUUUGAAAACUACUCAGAGGGUGAUUCUUUGAGAGCCACCCAUUAUAUUGAAAGUUCUGUUAUGUAGACGUUGAAAAGCGUUCUAGAAGGUAUUGACUUGCGAUAGUACGCAUCAAAGAACGAAUCGAACAGGAUUUUUCUGAAUCGAGUUUGAUUCAGUUCGAAUUCGGUUCGUUUUCACUCUCCGAUGAGCAUAAUCUUGAACACCACUAAAAUCUGAUCUGUUAAAACAGAACAAAGUAAUAGGCGCGAAAAAAACUCAGAAUUUUGUUGUGCUGUCCAGUGCGGUCCAUUUAAUGUUGCUGUUUUUUUCCGGGUUAGACCCACCCUUAAAUUCUCUACAACCAUAGUAGAAAACCCUACGAUGUCGCUUCGAAUGACUUAAUCGAAAAGUUGAAAAAUAAUGAUUUA